GAUCUCUCCAACUUCUAAAUUAUGAAGAAACGGCCAUUGAAGCAAGGAAGAAACAUUAGUAUACAAACAAAGAGGUUACGCGUAGGUCUAGAUCUCAUCCCGAUAUUCCACAUUGAGCCUAGCGACAACCUUAUUCGACCAAUCUAUGACACCAUCACCCAUUUCCCAUCUUCGAAUCGACACCAGGAACCAGACACACAGACAUUGUCAUACAUACGACUACCUUCGCUGGAUCCUUAUAUCAAUUUAUGGUAUCUCUCCCAAGGGUCUGAAAGAAACCAUGAAGCGUCUUCCUGCAUUCGAUUCCUCCUCCACUUCCUCUUCUUUCCUCCCAACUAACAAUCACGACCACAUUCCACCCUAAUACAACGACAACCCAUCAUCAACAAUACAUGCCCAACUAAACAGGAGGAACAGAGAAUAGAGAGAGCUCCACACAAUGCCACCCAAAUCCACCGCUGCCACUUCUAGUCCGAGGGUAAUAUACUGGUUCCGGACCGACCUGCGCCUACACGACUCCCCUGCCCUAUCCACAGCACUUUCCCUGUGCAAACCUCACAAAUCAUCCGCCGUCCUCUACCCAAUCUGGACCUGGGACCCUCACUACGUCUACCACGCUCGCGUCGGACCCAAUAGAUGGCAGUUCCUGCUGGACUCACAGUCCGACUUGUCGGCAUCACUGACCAAGUUGAAUCCGAAGCAGAAGUUGUUGGUCAUCAGGGAGGCACCGCAGACGCUGUUCCCGAAGCUAUUCAGGGAGUGGGGAAUCACGCAUUUGUGCUUCGAGAGGGAUAGCGACGCAUAUGGGAAGGGGAGGGAUGAUGAGGUAGUCAAAUUGGCGGAGAAGGCGGGUGUGGAAGUAGUGACAGAGUAUGGUCGCACGCUGUGGGAUAGUGACGCUCUUGUCAGAGAAAAUGGGGGUAAGCCUACGAUGAGCAUCACUCAAGUCGAGAAGGCCGGGGCGAAGAUUGGGGAUGUUCCCAGACCGAUCGAGGUGCCAAAGAGCUUACCGGAUCCUGGGGAUACUAAGUUAGGCUUUCAGAUGGAAAAGCCAGGAAAGAUUCCAGACUUUAAUGAAAAGCAGAGAGAUGGGGAGGAUCGGUCGUAUGGCGAGUUAAGUGGACCGAAGGGCGACUUCGCAGUACCAACAAUGGAGGAAUUGGGAAUGAAAAAAGCGACUACUCCGCACCGUGGAGGAGAGACAAUCGCGUUGGAGAUGUUGGAUGAACUCAUGAAGGAUGUGGAUUAUGUCGCUACAUUCGAGAAACCAAAGACUGCCCCCACGGCCUUCGAACCACAGGCCACCACACUAUUAUCACCGCACCUACAUUUUGGGACGCUGAGCGUACGGGAAUUCUACUGGCGUACCCAGGAUAUAGUAGACAAAUACAAGGGAACAGCUUCGAAGCCACCUACGAGCCUUACCGGCCAACUCCUGUUUAGAGAUAUGUAUUUCGGCGCACAGGCGUCGUUGGCCUACGCAUUUGGUCAGACGUACAACAACCCACAGUGCCGCUUCAUUCCAUGGCACCUGCCCUCCGAGAUAGACGAGAAAACAGGUCUCGUCACCGGCAAGUACCUUGUCGAUUCGGCGGAAGCAGAGCAAUACUUCAUUCGGUGGAGAGAGGGCCGAACAGGGUUCCCCUUCAUCGAUGCUCUCAUGCGACAGCUCAAAUCCGAAGGUUGGAUUCAUCAUCUGGGCCGACAUAUGGUCGCUUGUUUCCUGACGAGGGGAGGCUGUUAUGUCGACUGGGAGCGGGGCGCAGAAGUGUUCGAGGAGUGGCUCAUCGACCACGAGGCUGCCUGCAACAUCGGGAACUGGCAAUGGCUUAGCUGCACAGCCUUCUAUGCGCAGUUCUAUCGGUGUUACUCUCCAGUCGCGUUUGGCCAAAAGUGGGAUAAAGAGGGGAAAUUUGUAAGGAGAUUUGUACCGGAGCUGAAGGACUUUGAUAAGAAGUACAUAUACGAACCGCACAAGGCGCCCGUCGCGGAUCAGAAGAAAUGGGGAUGCUUGAUCAAGGGAGAUGGCACAGAGACGGAGGCAGACGGAGGCAAGUUCCAGAUGUAUCCAAAGCCCAUGUUCGACUUCGCGGAGAGAAGAGAGAUUUGUAUACAAGGAAUGAAACGGGCGUAUUCAGUGGGUCUGUAUGGGAACGAUGAGCGGGUUCUGAAUGGUACUUGGAGGGAGCUAUUCCCUGAUGAUGCGGAGGGUCCAACAAGCGGGAAGAAAGGUCCGCCCGGGGCUAUGGUGGAGCAUGAGGAUGCCGAUGGGACAGAGGAAAUCUCUCAUCAGCCGCCGGAGUUGUCGGGACAGGAGAAGAAGAAAGCGGCAGCGAAGAAACCUGGAGGACACAAACGUGAUGCCAGUCAGGGGACUCUUGAUGGAAUAGUCACCCGGAAGAAGAAGAAAGAGUCUGCUUAAAUCAUUACAUACAAUCAUGAUAUCUUAGUGCUAAACUCUGACCGUAAAGAGGCGCUGAAUUUUAUGUGUUCUGCGUCGUACCAGUCUCAUAAAGGUCAAUAUCUGG